AUGCUGUUACCCCGACCAGUCCUGCGGCCACCGCUCUCCCACCUGCGUUCGGCGCUGUCACAAGCACGCCGGGCGCGCGGCGUACAUAUGCUCCGCGACCUGCCGCCCGUGACCCACGCCCAGCUCGCCGACACUGACAAGACAAGGAAGCCGCGCCUGCUGCCCAUCGACGGCGCACCACGGAGCGCGCCUGCGGCCUUCUCGCCCUCCCACCACCUGUGCCAGUGGACGCGGCCGCCGGAGAGCGUGCUCCUCGUGCAGAAGAAGGACGAUAGCCGUGUGCAGGCCGCGAUGGCCGAGAUUCUCGGCUUCCUGACGACGCAUUACCCUCACCUGCGUCUUAUCGUUGAGCCGCACACGGCGCGCGAGCAGAGCCAGUUCCCAAACCUCACCGUCUUCAAUGAGAUCACGGACAGCCCCGUCAAGCUCCUCGACAAUACGGAUUUCGUCAUCACCCUCGGCGGAGACGGGACGGUGCUGCACGCAAGCCAGCUGUUCUCGCGAACAGAGUGUCCCCCCGUGCUCUGCUUCUCGCUCGGGAGCCUCGGCUUCCUCCUCCCUUUCAAGGUGCAGGAUAUUGAUCGGGCUCUCCACUACAUCCUUGGCGAUGGCGAGGUCGAGAUCCUCAACCGCAUGCGCCUCAAUGCCCUCGCGGUCGAUAGCCAGGGCAGGACACUAAGUCGCAUGCCCGAGUCCGGAUGGCAGGUCAUGAACGAGGUCUGCCUCCAUCGAGGACGGUACCCCCACCUUCCCAGUGUCGAUGUGUAUUACAAUAACCAGCAUCUGACAAAGGGUCUCGUGAGCUUACGCGCAGUCCAUACCAAGCUGACAACGGGCGGACGGCUUCCUCCUCUCUACCCCAACUGGAUCAACAGCCUACUCAUUAUCGGCUGGAGGGUCGCCCAUGCAUCCAGAGACAGACGCCGUCAUGCUGACCCCGAUCGCACCCCGGUCAUUGUCAUUCCGACCACUGGUCCUGCCGGGAGGAGGACGAGUGAAGCUAGGCAGGUAUCACUGGACGGCCGAGACGUGUGUGAGCUCCACGCCGAGGAAUCGGUCCUCAUCCGCAAGUCAAUAUAUCCCAUCCCCUGCGUCGACCAGCCCGGAGGCGGCACAGGCUGGGUCAGAGACAUCAACAGCACUAAACACUAA